AUGGAAAACAAUCCUCAGCAGCUGAUGAGAAAACCAGCGCGGUGGAGUUCUCGGUACUCCACCAAAUAUCUUGGCGUACGCCGCCGGCUGUGGGGGCGGUACGCGGCGGAAAUUCGAAAUCCUCACACCAAAGAAAGGCAUUGGCUGGGCACAUUUGACACUGCUGAGGAAGCUGCAUUGGCUUAUGAUUUUUCAUCUAUCUCUUUUAGUGGCAUUGGAAAAGCUCGAACUAAUUUUGUUUAUCCAUUUUUGGCCAUACCCUUGUCUUCACCGCCGCUGCCCCCUCUGCCUCCACCACCGCCACCGCCGACUCCGGAGCUGGAAGUGAGUGACCAGAAUUUUAAAGAAACGAGUUCCAUGGAUGAAGAUAAUGAGUCCCUUUUUAUUGCUUCUAGUUUGCAAAGCUUUCACCAAUCAAACAGCCUAGAAAAGUUGGUUCUAUGA